GACGAUGGAUGGCUCUGCCCGACUUCCCUGAUUACAACAAAUGGGGCUUCUCCCUGGUGGCUCUGAACAACGAUGUGUACGUCACAGGUGGCUCCCGUGGGUCUCAGAAUGACACAUGGUCAACAGCCCAGGCCUGGUGCUUUUGCCCCAGGGAUGGCUCCUGGAAGCCGAUCGCUUCCAUGCUGAGAGCCCGGACAAACCACACCAGCGCCGUCCUCAACGGCGAGAUCUACGUCAUUGGGGGGACGACAGUGGACGCGGUGGAGGUGGAGCGCUAUGACCCCUACAACAAGAGCUGGUGUGCCAUCAGCCCAGCCCUCAAGUAUGUGAGCAAUUUCGCAGCCACCAGCUGCUUGGGCAAGCUCUACCUGGUGGGCUCCUGUGCCGUCAAGUACAACGCGCUGACCCUGCAGUGCUACAACCCUGUCCAAGAUUUGUGGAGUGUGAUCACAUCCCCCUUCAUCCCCAAGUACCUGUCGGCCCCACGCUGUGCCACCCUGCGCGGGCUCAUCUACCUCAUUGGGGACAACACCAAGAAGGUCUACAUGUACAACCCGGAGGCUAACAUCUGGCAGAAGGUGCAGCUUCUGCACACGCUGCAUGAGAACGGUGGGAUGGUGGCACUGGGAGACCGGCUCUUCGUCACUGGUGGCCACUGGAAGGGCAUGGAUGGGGACUACAGAGUGGAAAUGGAGGUGUAUGACUGCACCAAGGACCUCUGGAUGCGGGAGGGCUCCCUGCCGUGCCUCUGGCUCUUCCACAGCUCCUCCUCGAUCUUCAUGGACACCUCCAAGUGGACAGAGGCUUUCCAGGGUGACCACCGGUGGUAG